UAUCAGACGCUGCUGUAGACUACCAGAAGGAGACGUGACUCUUGAAGCCGGAAGCUAUUUGUUUCAUCAAGAUGCAGAUCUUUGUGAAGACCCUCACUGGAAAGACCAUCACUUUGGAGGUGGAGCCCAGCGACACCAUCGAGAAUGUUAAAGCUAAGAUCCAGGACAAGGAGGGGAUUCCUCCAGACCAGCAGAGGCUGAUCUUCGCUGGGAAGCAGCUUGAAGACGGCCGCACUCUCUCUGAUUACAACAUCCAGAAGGAGUCCACCCUCCACCUGGUGCUGCGCCUGAGGGGAGGCAUGCAGAUCUUCGUGAAGACCCUCACUGGAAAGACCAUCACCCUGGAGGUGGAGCCCAGCGACACCAUCGAGAAUGUCAAGGCUAAGAUCCAAGACAAGGAGGGGAUUCCUCCUGACCAGCAGAGGCUGAUCUUUGCGGGUAAGCAGCUGGAAGACGGCCGCACUCUGUCCGACUACAACAUCCAGAAAGAGUCCACCCUCCACCUGGUGCUGCGUCUGAGGGGAGGGAUGCAGAUCUUCGUCAAAACGUUGACCGGGAAGACCAUCACCCUGGAGGUGGAGCCCAGCGACACCAUCGAGAACGUCAAGGCUAAGAUCCAGGACAAGGAAGGCAUCCCCCCUGACCAGCAGCGUCUCAUCUUCGCUGGGAAGCAGCUUGAAGACGGCCGCACUCUGUCCGACUACAACAUCCAGAAGGAGUCCACCCUCCACCUGGUGCUGCGCCUGAGGGGAGGCAUGCAGAUCUUCGUGAAGACCCUCACCGGGAAGACCAUCACCCUGGAGGUGGAGCCCAGCGACACCAUCGAGAACGUCAAGGCUAAGAUCCAGGACAAGGAGGGGAUUCCUCCUGACCAGCAGCGUCUCAUCUUCGCCGGGAAGCAGCUGGAGGACGGCCGCACUCUGUCCGACUACAACAUCCAGAAGGAGUCCACCCUCCACCUGGUGCUGCGGCUCCGAGGAGGAAACUGACCUGCAGGCCCGCCUCUCACUGAGCCAUCCAAGAUGAUUCCAGUGAAGUUUUCCGCAUUCCAGAGUUUUGCUUUUGCUCUUGUUCCAGUAGUUCUGCUCUGCAGCUCAUGUUUGAGAUCAGAUGCUUCAAAAUGUUCAUGAUGCUGAAACCCGAGUGGUUGAAAUGUUUCCUGGAUCCUGCUGCGGUUCUUUGGUUUUACUGUGAUGCUUAAAGCAAAUAAAGAUAUCUUCAGUCACCAA